AUGGGGUCGUACAGUGGCUUGCUCAUGAGUUUGCUUGUGCUGAUUGCUUACUUUUACCGUUCAGCCUUUCCAAUUGGCGAGGGCAAAAUGACUCCCCAGGAUCGCGCCUACGCCUUUUUCGAGAAUAUGCUGUCGCUGGUGAUUGUGCUUGUUUUCUUUCUUGCCUAUAAAAUCUAUCACCGAACAAGACUCGUUCGAAUCGAGGACAUGGACUUGCAAACCGGACGUCGUGAAGCCGUGCCUCUUGAAGUCCUCGAGCAAGAGCGGGCUGAGAAGCGCUCUCUUCCUUUGUACAAAAAGAUCUUGUCGUUCAUUUUUUAA